UCUUCUGGUUGGAUGGAGGCGAGUCUUAAAAGUUUCUUCAGGAUAGACCAGCUCCCUUCAGACGCAUCUGGACCACAGCAGCAGCAGCAGCAGCAGCAGCAGCAGCAACACCGGAUCAUGGAGACUUAAAUUUAAGUCCGCAACCCAUGUACGCGACGGUGUCACCGGCUCUAUUUCCCGUGGAGAGCACCCGGCGCCCACGCCCGCACACGCAGACAGACGCGCGCACUCCGCUCGCCCUCCACCGUGAGAGCGCACAGCGGGUGUGGGCCGGGGAACCAAGAUGAACAUCCAGGUGGUGCCCGAACACAAGCUCUCGUCGGUGGCCCCGCUCAAGCAAUGCAACGUGGAGAAGAAGGAGGUCGAGCUCCUGCUCGUGAAGGACCAGAACGGCGUCCAGUACACCAGCGCGUCCAUCGUCCCGGCGCCCGGUAUACACGCGGGGCCACCCGGGACCGUGUCCGAGGAGGAGCGGGAGCUAUGGGGCAAGAAGAUUGACUUUCUGCUCUCGGUUAUUGGCUUUGCAGUUGACUUGGCUAAUGUUUGGAGAUUCCCUUACCUGUGCUACAAAAACGGAGGGGGAGCCUUUUUGAUCCCUUACAUUCUUUUCUUGGUCAUCGCGGGGAUGCCAUUGUUCUACAUGGAACUGGCUCUGGGCCAGUAUAACAGGGAAGGGGCGGCCACGGUGUGGAAGAUAUGCCCCGUCUUUAAAGGUGUGGGCUACACGGUGAUCGUCAUCGCCCUUUACGUGGGCUUCUACUACAACGUCAUCAUUGCCUGGUCGCUCUACUACCUGUUCUCCUCCAUGACCAGAGAGCUGCCUUGGCUCAGAUGCGACAACAGCUGGAACAGCCCCAACUGCACCGACCCCAAGGCCAUCAACGGAUCGGUCCUGGGCAACGGAACCUCGUACGCCAAGUACAAGAUCACACCGGCGGCAGAGUACUAUGAACGGGGUGUCCUGCACCUGCAUGAGAGCAGAGGGAUCGGGGACCUGGGCCUCCCUCGCUGGGAGCUGACGUUGUGCUUGGUGGUGGUGGUCUUUAUCCUCUACUUCAGCUUGUGGAAAGGCGUCAAGUCCUCUGGAAAGGUUGUCUACAUCACGGCCACCAUGCCCUACGUGGUCCUUUUUGUGCUGCUGAUCCGAGGAAUCACCCUGCCGGGGUCCAUGGACGGCAUCCGGGCUUAUCUCCACAUCGACUUCAAGAGGCUCAACAAUCUGGAGGUGUGGAUCGAUGCAGCCACCCAGAUAUUUUACUCCCUGGGCGCAGGAUUUGGGGUGCUCAUCGCGUUUGCUAGCUACAACAAAUUUGACAACAACUGCUUCAGAGAUGCUCUGUUGACCAGUACGGUCAACUGCGUCACCAGUUUCUUCUCAGGGUUCGCCAUCUUCUCCGUGCUCGGGUACAUGGCGUACAAACACGGCGUGAAGAUAGAAGACGUGGCGACCGAAGGGGCAGGAUUGGUGUUCAUCAUCUACCCAGAAGCCAUUUCUACCCUGCCUGGCUCAACAUUUUGGGCUAUUGUGUUCUUCAUCAUGCUGCUGACUCUCGGCAUCGACAGUUCGAUGGGCGGCAUGGAGGCGGUCAUCACAGGCCUGUCGGAUGACUACAAGAUCCUGAAGAGGAACAGGAAGCUCUUCACCUUCGCCACAGUCUUCGGGACCUUCCUGCUCGCCCUACUUUGCAUUACUAAUGGUGGAAUCUACGUGCUGACUCUGUUAGACAAGUACGCCGCCGGGACCUCCAUCUUGUUUGCGGUGUUGAUCGAAGCCAUCGGAGUGUCGUGGUUUUACGGAGUGGAUCGCUUCAGCGAAGACAUAGAGCGAAUGAUGGGCUUCAAGCCAGGACUCUACUGGAGGCUGUGCUGGAAAUUUGUCAGCCCAGCUUUUCUUCUGUUUGUGGUCGUCGCCAGCACAGUGACCUCCUCAGGCCUCAAGUAUGACGAGUACGUCUUCCCCCGUUGGGCCAACGUGAUUGGCUGGGGCGUGGCCAUGUCCUCCAUGAUAUUCGUCCCGGUCUACGCCGUGUACAAAUUCUGCAGCGUGCCAGGAACCUUCAAAGAGAGAAUCGCCUAUUGCAUCACUCCUGAACACGAACACCACUUGGUCGCGGAAGGAAACGUACGACAGUUUAAACUCAGUCACUGGUUGGCCAUUUGAUGAACAGGCACACUCCUCGCAUUCAUCCAUCCAUCCAUCCAUCCAUCCAUCCCUGCGUCUGUUACUGUGGAGUCAACCAGGCAAGGAGGACAUUUUGCUUGUUUUCUGUUUUUUCUUAGUUCCGUUUUUCAACAGUUAGCAUCUAGCACUUGACAUCGAAGUAGACUAAAACAUCAAUAGAUGGCUGACGUAUUAUGGGUUUUAUAAAAAAUACCGUAAAUGCUCCAAUUUUAGCUGAAAAGAAAACGAUCAAAGAGGCCGACGUUUCCUGAGUAACACAUGAACUUUUUUAACUUGAGUAAUACUUUGGGGUGCAUGAGAAAGCGGUUGUUUGUACGACAUUUUUGAUUGAUUGAAACUUUUAUUAGUAGAUUGCACAGUACAGUACAUAUUCCGUACAAUUGACCACUAAAUGGUAACACCCGAAUAAGUUUUUCAACUCGUUUAAGUCGGGGUCCACGUUAAUCAAUUCAUGGCAUGAAGUACUGCUUAUAAAUGUAUCGUUCACGUUAACAUUUUAAAAAGGGCCUGCUACCUGUUGCCUACCUCAGGUCUGGUACUUUAGACCGACCCGGAGGCUUUUAAAACCAUAUUUUAAAUCAAUCAAUCAAUCAAUCAAUCAAUGUUUAUUUAUAUAGCCCUAAAUCACAAGUGUCUCAAAGGGCUGCACAAGCCACAACGACAUCCUCGGUACAGAGCCCACAUAAGGGCAAGGAAAAACUCACCCCAGUGGGACGUCGAUGUGAAUGACUAUGAGAAACCUUGGAGAGGACCGCAUAUGUGGGUAACCCCCACCCCUGUAGGGGAGACCGAAUGCAAUGGAUGUCGAGUGGGUCUGACAUAAUAUUGUGAGAGUCCAGUCCAUAGUGGAUCCAACAUAAUAGUGAGAGUCCAGUCCAUAGUGGGGCCAGCAGGAAACCAUCCCGAGCGGAGACGGGUCAGCAGCGCAGAGAUGUUCCCAACCGAUGCACAGGCGAGCGGUCCACCCCGGUUCCCGACUCUGGACAGCCAGCACUGUCCAGAGUCUGAAAAUGCUAACAAAGCUAACAGCUUAGCAUGCUAUCAACCUACGUGGCUAACUUGUGAUAGCAUCACAUCCCUUGAUUUAAAUAGAUAGUUAUAACUAUUACAACUAUUAUUAACAGUUAUGACUUACAAAAGUUAUUUGUGUUCACGUCUGAAGAUGAGAACCACAGAAGGCCGUGUGAUUUUAAACAUCCAAGAGUGCGGUCUGUUGCUGGUGUGAAAGCAUGGAAUUCUCGAAAGAAAGACUUAAAAAGUUGCGAGAAUAUAUUUGAAUUUAAAAAGAGUUACAAAAAGAGACAACUGGAAUUAUAUCAAACUGAUUUUUGGAUUUUGAUUGGGACGUGUCAUUGUGAAAAUGCUUAAACGGAAAUUAAAAAGUAUGUUGGAGUUGGGGCAUACUUGCCAACCCUCCCGGAUUUCCCGGGAGACUCCCGAAAUUCAGCGCCUCUCCCGAAAACCUCCCGGGACAAAUUUUCUCCCGAAAUUCAGGCGGACCUGAGUGACGUGUCGACAGCCUGUUUUCACGUCCGCUUUCCCACAAUAUAAACAGCGAGCCUGCCCAAUCAUGUUAUAACUGUAGAAUGAUCGAGGGCGAGUUCUUGGUUUCUUAUGUGGGUUUAUUGUUAGGCAGUUUCAUUAACUACCUCCCAGCGCGGCAACAACACACAACAACACCAGUCACGUUUUCGUCAACCGUAAAGCAGUUUGUCUGCCGUAAACAGCAAUGUUGUGACACUCUUAAACAGGACAAUACUGCCAUCUACUGUACAUGCAUAUGUGACAAUAACAUCUACGGCUUUUAGAGAGUGCAGUGCAC